AUGGAACUGUUGCACACGACUACGCAAUACUACCAAACACGCCUCGUCGCUGAGCUACCAGAUCUAGCUCGGAACGCAGUGCGGAAUUUCCUCGUGGAUGUCUAUCUCAUUACUGCGUCCGCAAUCACCCGCUCAGUCCGCGGCAGCGCCGCAACCCUGCUCACAGAUCACACCUUCUCCGCGAUGGGUGCUGAGGGCGGAGAAAGCUUGAUUGGCAGAGUGGCUGCGUUGAUGGUCGUGAUACAAUUCCCGACUUCGCCAAGUUCCCCGGAAAAAACCGACGAGGCUGGUCCCGGCGGGGGUUCAAUUCAAUCUUCCGAGUCACUUUCCUUUAGCUCCAGCACGGGUAAGGAAAUGGUGGAAGAGCCUGAAGGCGAUAAAGGGACCUCUUAG